AUGACCGACUCACCCAAUCGAGGGAUUGUCGUCAUUUCGGGAGGAAGUGCUGCGAACAACCUGGUUGAUGUAUUCGAUGCCGUGCGAGACAGCAAAAACUGCCUGCUCAGCUAUAUCAUCCCAAUUAGCGACAAUGGUGGCUCAUCGUCGGAGCUGAUCCGGAUAUUCGGGGGUCCUGGAAUCGGCGAUGUUCGAAGUCGACUUGUCCGACUGAUUCCUGAUUCCCCUGUUAACUCGGAGCGCAUGGCGAUCAAGACCCUCUUCAAUCACCGCCUGCCUGCCAAAGCAGAGGCCGCGUCGCAAGAAUGGCUUUCUAUCGUAGACGGCACGUCAAGCCUUUGGAUAUCGAUUCCCCCAGCGAAGAAAGAAUUGAUCCGUUCAUUCUUCAAUAUGCUGAAUCUGGAAAUCCUGAAGCGGGCUCGGCCACCGUCGUCUACCUUCGACUUCACCUCUGCCAGUGUGGGAAAUCUGUUUCUAACGGGAGCACGGCUCUUCAGCGGCAGCUUUGAGAGUGCUAUUUAUCUCCUGGGCAGUAUCUGUGGCGUGCAAUCCGAUGUUGUCCGUGUUAUCCCGGCGAUCAAUUCCAACUUCUCUCAUCAUAUCUCCGCCACCCUCGCCGAUGGAACCGUUAUUGUUGGUCAGAACAGUAUCUCCCAUCCUAGCGAAGCAACAGCCCUCCAGCGGAAUCGAGGGAAUAGGCCUAGACGACCUAGCCUGCUUCUUGCCGACGGAGAUGACUUGGAGGAUACGGCUUCGGAUGUAUCCGAUACCGUGUCAUAUGAAGAGGACCAUCUCCCCGGUUCUCUUGCCACCUUACGGAACAAGAACAUCUCAUUCAACAAAACAGAAAAUGAAGACUUGCCCUGCCGAAUCAGCCGCAUCUGGUAUAUCAAUCCCUAUGGCCAGGAGAUCCGACCACCCGCGAACCCUCGCGUUCUGGAGGCGCUGAGUGAUGCCCAGGCUAUUAUCUACAGCAUUGGCUCUCUGUACACAUCUAUCAUCCCGGCAAUCAUUCUUCGGGGAGUUGGCAAAAGUAUCAUGACCAGUCCAGCUCGCCAUAAGAUCCUCAUAUUGAAUGGCUCUUUGGAUCGUGAGACUGGUCCUCCAUCUGCGCCCUUCCUGGCGUCCGAUUUUGUCGAGGCGAUUGUGCGUGCUUGUGAGGAAAGCCGCGGACGACAUCCACACAGAGUCCCUCGGCGCCAGGAACAGUCACCCUCCUCUCCAGAUACCAUCCGACUAUGUGACCCGCUGCCAUAUACGGCUUAUGUGACUCACAUAUUGCACCUGGAUGGGCCAGGGACGCCCCAGGUGGACCGGGAGAGGCUAGCAGAGAUGGGCAUUGAGACCCUGCGCUUGUACGGGCGUAAAAUCACAGCCAUGGAGGAUGGGAAGGAAGUUUGCGUGGGCAUGCGAUAUGACCCGAACGCCCUCAUCCAAGCGCUCGAGGUAGUACUAGGGAAGAAGGGAGAUGCAAUGGUGCGUGGGGGCGGGGGGAAUGGUUUGGGUAGGAGAAAUACCCUAGACCCGGGCCGGCGGGAUAGAUAA